AUGACGUCACAUCCGAGAUAAACAUACGCAGUGAAACCUUUGGCUGUGCUUUUGUAUAGUAUAACGAGCAGGUUAAAGGACAGCGUCUUGCGCAUGUAUCAAGUAAGACCAAAAGCCAAAGCUCUACCAAUAGCUCCAAAAUGAGCCGCGACGCCACCAUCCACAGCUGGCCCGGCUCCUACUAUCUGACCUGGGGCAAGAGGUGGGAGAACGGCACGCUGUCCCUCAGCAGAACCUCGGUGCGUUUCGUUUCGAACACAACCGGGGAGACCCUCGCCAGUUUCCGCCUCUCCCGCAUCAGUGAGCUCAAAAUGGAAUCGUCGAGCUUCAUCUUCAGUACCCUGACUGUGCUGGAGGAGGGCAACGUAAAGCACUGGUUCGGCUCCCUCAAACCCAACCGAGUGGUGGUCUACAACGUAAUGGAGCAUUUCUGGAGAGAGCGCCUGCUGUCCCCCACCAGCUCGGAAGCCGGGGGUGCGGUCCCUGGGAGUGAGCCCUCCAAGGGCCGGGAGCUCAUCAACCUCGUUGCAGGAGCCCAGAGACGACUGGAGGACACCGGGAGGGUCCUCAGCCAUCAAGGAGAGCAAUUUGACAGCAUGAUGCAAGGCCUGGAGAAAAUGGACUCGGACCUGGGAGUGGCUGAUAAACUUUUGUCUGAGCUGGAGUCUCCUUCCUGGUGGCCUUUCAGUAAACUCCCAUGGAAGAUUCAGCAGGAAGCCAAGGCGGCAGAUGCAGCUCGGGCGGCCGCCGCAUCCAAAGCAUCUGCUCGGAGCAAAGUGAUUGCCAGCAUCCCGGCCGUGGUGUCAAAAGACGGCGACUGUGAGCUGAAACCCGGCUGCUUACUGGUGCUGCCGUCUUCUCUGGAGGUGCGCGACGCCGCUUGCCACCUGCUGCACCGCUUUGAGCGUGGCGAGGUGGACGAAAUCCGCGUGCACAGCCCAUACGAGAUCACAGUGGGGCAGCGCUUCAUCGGCAGGCCCGACAUCCGCUGUCGGCUUUUGUCGGCCAAGAUGCCGGAGGCGCUGGCUGUGCUGGAGAUCCAAUACAAGAAAAAGGUGGAGUUUUCCGCAGAGUACGCCGCCUUUAGGACCACACCCACUUCAUCACCGUGUGACACGGAGGCCAUACACGACACUUUGAUGCUCGGGUGCCAGGAGACAGAGGUUCCCAUGGAGGUCCCAGCGGGGGAGCUGUCCCAGCUGCAGGUGCACGUCGUCCAGCCCACUAUGACCCAGGCCGAAGCGCAGGAGCUCAAGCAGAUGCUGCUCCAACUGAAGAGCCUGGCCCUUGAGGCCGAGACAGAGUUGGAACGUCAGGACGAGGCGCUCAAUGUCCUGACUAAGUCAGCCGAUCAAGCCUCCAUGACCAUUGGGAAACAAACCUGCCGCAUGAAGAGACUGCUGUAGAAGAUGCAGAGUCCGGACAGACAGACAGCUUGACGGUUAGAUGGACAGACAUUGUUUGAAGGUUCAGCGGGGCACUUCUUGAGACAUGUAAGAGUGAGGAGAACCCAUUUUGAAUGACUUCGCAUUUGUUUACAUUUAUGAAUGCAACUUUUUUUAAUUUAUUGAUCAUGAUCAUUUAAAGAUUUACAUUGUUUUAGUGACGAUAAUCUGGCCAUUGUAUAAGUAUUAUUACACGCAAAAUAUUAAAUUAUUAUUCGGUUAAAAUUAAUAACUAAAAACAGGUAGUCCCCGGGUUACAAACGAGUUCCGUUCCCAGGCUGGCGAUGUAACCUGAAUUUCCGUGUAAGUCGGAAUUAACCCUUUGAGUAUCCCAAGUUACCCCCUGAACUUAAAAAUACCUGUCCAAAAACAUGUAUUAUACGUCAUAUUAAAAAGAUAAAGUAAAAAAUAAGAUACUGUGAGGUACGUUGUGUUAAAUGCUGUUAUAUUCAAUGACUAUUCAGGCUUUAAAAAAAAAAAAAUCGGACUUGACGAGUGAGCCGCCUUGCUGAGAGAAAAGGGCGCUGUGGAAAGAGUAGCGAGGCGAGAGAAUAGGAAUAUUAUGGCCACUCAGGUCACCAGCAUCCCCUCUCUUAACGCGAGCCCCCCUUCCAAACUAAAAAAAAAAACGGCUUGAGACUGGCAAGAGGAGUUUGCGCUGGGAGAAAGCAGCAGCAGAACCCCUUCCACCAGGCACGAUGACGCGAGACCCCGCUUUGACGCUGACCAUCUGGUAUGGGUGGACGUCCGCGCUUGACCUGCCGGAUGUUUCCCAGCCCACUGCCAUAGGCUGGAUGCCCUCAUCUCUCGUUGCUCAACAUUACCAACAACAGCAGCAGCAUGAGAACAAGGAAGUGGGAGCUGACGCCGUCAGGAACUGAAGGACUGUGGCAACGGUGCUGGGGGAGGAUGCGAUCUUGACAUGGCAAGCGAAAAAAAAAAAAAAAGGAAUGGAGACUCAGGUGUCGUAAAUUUGAAAUCGCCUAAAUCGGGUACAUCGUAACCCGGGAACUAACUGUAAUUCUAAUGAAAAAAAAAUAGUUGCAAUAUCUGUAUGUUAUUUAUUAAUUCUCUAUACACUGCUCAAAAUAAUGAGAGGAACACUUUGAAUACACAUCAGAUCUAAACGGGGAAAAAAAUUAUCUUGAAUAUCUUUCUUAACAAGUAGGUCAUGUAUUAGUAACAAACUGACGCCACAUAAUUUGACAGGAAUGAAAAUGAUCACCCAAUAAUUAAAGACACCCCUAAAAUGAAAGUGAAAAAUAAUGCAGCAGACUGGCCCAUUUUUCCAAAAUGUAAUUGUAGGAACUCAAAAGGAUAGUUUGUGUGGCCACCACACACUUGUAUACAUCUCUGACAAUGUCGGGACCUUCUCGCGGAUCUCCGCCCAGAUCUGGACCAAGGCAUCCCUGAGGUCCUAGUCAGUCUGAGGAGCAACUUGGUGUCGCUGGAUAAACCUAAACCUAAUGUCCCAGAGGUGUUCUAUUGGGUUUAGAUCAGGUGAACACGGGGGGCCAGUCAAUGGUAUCAAUUCAUUCAUCCUCCAGGAACUGACUGCGUACCGUAUUUUUGGAUUAUAAGUCGCAGUUUUUGUUAUAGUUUGGCUGGGGGUGCGACUUAUACUCAGGAGCGAUUUAUGUGCGAAAUUAUUAACACAUUAUUAUAUCAUUUCACAUGUUAUUUUAGUGUUUUAGAGUGACACUGAUGGUUUGGUAAACUUGUUAGCAUGUUCUUUAUGCUAUAGUUAUCUGAAUAACUCUUAAUAACUAUGUUAUGUUAACAUACCGGCCACGUUCACAUUUCAUUGUUAAUGCAUCAUUUAACAAUAAUCAUACUGUACACUUAUUCAGCAUGUUGUACUAUAUUGUAUUUUUUAUUUUAAAUUGCCUUUCAAGAUGACAUAUCUGUUCGAUGUGUUAGAUUUUAUCAAGUAAAUUUCCCCCGAAAAUGCGACUUAUACCCCGGUGCGACUUAUAUAUGUUUUUUUCUUCUUCGUUGGGCAUUUUAUGGCUGGUGCGACUUAUACUCAGGUGCGACUUAUAGUCCAAAAAAUACGGUAAUCUAGUCGUAUGAGGUCGGGCAUUGUCAUGGACCAGGAGGAACCCAGAUCCCACUGCACCAGCGUAGGUUCUUACAAUGGGUCCAAGGAUUUCACCCCAAUACCUAAUAUGAGUCAGGGUGCCAUUAUGUAGAGGUCUGUGGGCCCUCCCGAUGAUAUGCCUCCCGAGACAAUCGUUGACCCACCACAAAACCUGUCGUGCUAAAUGACGUUGCAGGCAGCAUGAUGUUCUCCACAGCAUCUCCAGACCUUUUCAUGUCUGUCGCAUAUACUCCGUUUGAACCUGCUCUCAUCAGUGAAGACAAAGGGCGCCAGUGGCGUAGUUGCCAAUUCUGGUGGUCUAUGGCAAAUACCAAUCGAGCUCUACUGUGCUGGGCAGUGAGUACAGGGCCCACUACAGGACAUCGGGCCCUCAGGCCACCCUCAUGGACUCUGUUUCAGAUUGCUUGGUAAGAAAUAUUCACACCAGUGGCCUGAUGGAGAUCAUUUUGUUGGGCUCGGCAUCCUGUACCUCCUUCUACAAAGGAGCAGAUACCGUUCCUGCUUUAAAGACCUUCUACGGCCCUGUCCAGCUGUCCUAGAGUAACUACCUGUCUCCUGGAAUGUCCUCCAUGCUUGUGAGACUGUGCUGGGAGACACAGCAGACCUUGUUGCAAUGGCAUGUAUUGAUGUGCAAUCUUGGAGAGGUUGAACUACUUUUGCAACCUCUGUAGCAUCCAGGUACUGUACAGUGCUAUCAAUAGAGAUGCUGAUCCUAGCCAGACAAAAAAGUACAACAGUAGAAAGUAGGUCAGUAAAAUAUCAGCCGAAAGAGAUGAGGAGGGGAAAAACAAGAAUCAGUUGCCUCAACCUGAAAACCAAUGCACCUGAUGUUUAUUUAAUUGACAACAAAGAUGCUGAACGUUAUUAGCAACCCCAUCUGCUACUUAAUUGGCCGGAUCAAUAUGCCAGAAGUUUGACUAAUAGGUUGCUGUACGCUGCUCUGAUUAAAAAGUGUUCCUCUGAUUUGUUUUUGGAGAAGUCUGUUAUUAUUUUUACUACUUUCAUUGCUAGUAAUCUUAUAGUGGAUAAUUACAAUUAUUUUUUUACUCUCAGUUUUUAAAAGGAUAUUUGUAUUUACUUUAGCUUUAGGAUUAUUGUUAUCAGGAUGAUAAUAGUCCUAAUACAUUGAAAUAAAAAUACAGAAAAUAUAAAUAAUUCAUAAUAGAUAUCACUACUAUCAUUAUUUCUAUUUUAAUCAUUUUGGUAUCGGGCCCAUUCUGUCUUGAAUGCACUUUAGCAGAUAGUAGAUGUAUUUUCUAUAAAUCUAAAUAACUAAAUAACUGUGGGAUAUUUAGCUUUUGUGUUUUAUUUAGCUUUUGUGUUUAAAUAUUAUUUAUUAAUUAUUUAUUUUUGAACUCUGGAUUACGUUUUACAGUUUAUCCCUUAAAGGGUCGAUGCUUUUUGAGGUACCCACUUUAAUGAGGAUCACUUACGGGGUCCAUUUGGGAAGUGCACUUCCUACUGAAAUAUUGCAAAGUUAGCAUUGCUCAUUGUAUAAAACAGGGUUUGGAACGAGUAUGGGGUAAGGCCCAAACAUCUGAUUGGACCACAUACGCUCAUGAUGUUUAUUUUUGAUGCACAAAGCACACUGAUGCUCCGAGACAAUGUGCAUGUUUCACUUAAAUUAAUAUCUCUGCUCCUUUUCAUUCAGUGUAAAGGUCUUCAGCAUGUCCGCGUCUAUGUGUCAUGUCAACUAUGUGUUCCAUGUCUUGCUGUAAAUAGAAUACUAUUUCCUCAUUAACACCAAAAGCUGUGAAAUGUGUGAAAGACUGAAACAUUCAUAGUAAUUAGGCAUGUGCCGGUAUGAGAUUCUGACAGUAUGAUAACCUUAAGCAAAAAUAUCACUGUUUCACAGUAUCACAGAAUUGUAAUUACAGCUCUAAAAUGUGUUAUUUUGAGAUGUCUGGGUGUGGAAAAAAAACCUUUUUCCAUUGAACAGGAUUUUUAUUUUUCAAAACAAUAUUAACAAAUUGGAACAUAAGUAUAAUGGUAAACUGAAAAAAAUACAAGUGUUAAAAUAAAUAUAACUGAACAAAAAAGAACUGAAAUAUUUUAGAUAAAAAAAUGCAGUCCUUUAGGUGAGCCUAAACCUUCAGCCGCAGCUCAACAUUAUUAUAGUUAGAAAAUAUUUGAAUUAUUUUCCUUAAAAAACCAUGUGUAUAUGACUCGUAUCAUGUUUACAUUUUACACACACUCUCUCAACAAUAAUAAUGAAAAUACAGCACAUGCUGUAUUAUGAAAAUGUUGUUUUGAACAGAUGUUUACAAUUGCGGAAGGCUUAAACAAAAGUAGGCUAAUGCUAGAGAGGAAACUAGUUAGCCGUCUUGGCAUGCUAAUUACCCACUUUAUCUGCCUCGUUAACAAGCUUACAUUAUACUAUGUUUUACCACCGCUAGACACACUAAACACACUGGAGUUAACUCCUGUAGCUGGUGGGAAACGUUCACGACAGCGUUUACUAACCUUUCAUUUGUAUAAAGCCACAGGUGAUCUCCUCUGGCAGCCACCCUUCGCAAACAUAUUGGUUGGCCCUCCUCCUCUAACCCGGGGUCGUCUGUAGCUCUGUAGCCGGCUGUAACUUUUCUGUAGCUGACGUAUUUCCAUACCAGCAACUUCGUUUUCCUCAAUUGGGGAAAAAGUUCAGGUUUUUCACCUCCUCCAGCCAUCGUGUAACACAGCUGACUCACUGAGCAACAACAGGACGGGGAGGGGUGAGCCCUGCAGCUUCAAGCGAGGAAUUUCCUUGCAUUUUUGGGACAUAAAAAUUGCAAAUACCGUAGGAACAGUAUGACGGAAAAUUUUUGUGGUUUUAAACCGUGACGUUUUCAUAGCACGGUAUACCUUGAAACCGGUAACCGGCACAUGUCUAAUGUCUAGUAAUAAUGCUUUGAGUGUCUGUUUCAUGUCCCAAGAAAUGACUGCACGAACAGACAUUGUGUCUAUAAUCACUACUGUUAAAAGUAUGUAUCAUGCAUAUUGUGACAAAGAAAUAAAGCCUCACCAUCAUCAGUCUUAAUUUUUAAAAAUUGUAUUAAAAACUUGGAAGGCCUUCCAGAAUGUGGAGCCAUAUUAUUACUAUGAACUAGCAUCUUUUUUCGUCAAGUGUUUAAAAAAUACAUUUUUUAAGAACUGCUCGUAGUUUUACUCCAGGAGUGCAGAGGAGAAAAAUAUCCAAG